AUGAGCUCAAAGUUCCCGAGUCUCUUGAUUCUAUGUUCAAUGAUAGUUUGCAAGACCAAUGGCCUCGUCCUCCACUAUGUCGUCGGACCAGAAUGUCCGCAUCCAGCCUCUUCACAGAUAUGUCUACCAACCAAUAAGAUUUCCAAGUUGUUAGCAACAGGUAUCUGCAGUGAUGUGGACACAAUACCACUUGCUCCGGAAAGACCAUUCGUUGCAAAGGGUGGUGCAGGCCACCUCACCAUAUGCAGCGAACAGUCUGAGUAUUAUCAUUUACCAACCUUGGUUGCUUUGUGUACUAUGUGGUUUCAAUACCCAGAGAGGUUGAACAAAGAUUCCUCUCGAAUCUUCACUCUUGAGUCCGGAGAAAAACAAGAUGAAAUCCAGGGUUCUCUAAAAACCCAUCGUCUCGAUGCAGCUCCGGAAUAUGAGGCACUCAGUUACGAAUGGGGGAGCAAGACUGAAUCAACCUCCAUGAAGUGCAAUAAGUACGACUUCAAAGUCACUAAAAGCCUCGAUAUUACCUUGCGCCGCCUGAGGUUGACCGAUCGACCUCGCCCUCUCUGGAUCGAUCAAAUCUGCAUCAAUCAGGAGUCGAACGAUGAGCGUUCUGCGCAAGUCAGUAUCAUGAGAUUGAUCUACUCUAAUGCCAUCAUGGUCACUGCAUGGCUUGGCCAAGCGGAUACUGAGGCGGCAAACUCUGUAAAAGACCUUCUUGCUGCCUUUGCCAACAUGAGAGAAGACUAUGCUUGUGGGAUGUCACACUUCCCUGAUGAUGAGGACCUGGCAAGAUUGGGCCUUCCCCUUCGACACUCAAGAGUCUGGACAGAUUUGGACUUGAUGCUCAGUGCCUCAUACUUCUCAAGGGUGUGGAUCAUACAAGAGCUAGCUAUAUCGUCCAGGUUUCGACUGUUAUGGGGAGAUAUCACAAUAUCCGAAGACGAAUAUGACUCGCUAACACACAAGAUGUUCUUUCUCUGUUUGACCGAACCAGAUGCAGUGGAGGGCUGUCCCAGAAUUAAUUGGCAUCCGGUCUCCAUGAACCUCUUUGGAAAAAGAGAAUGGAAGGAUAAGGACCUUUUAGAACUUGUUCGAUUUGCGUCAAGAUCCAAGGCUACAAUUCCACAGGACAAGAUCUACGCGUUAGUCGGGCUGGCAGGCCAACAUCACUACAAUGUGAAUCCAGACUACACCAAGCCUGAGUCUGAAGUAUUCGCAGACUUUGCUGUAAGGGUCAUAUCUACAAAGGGAAACCUGGAUAUUCUGGACCGUGCUUAUGUCGAAGACCCGAAUGAACCAAAACAUUUCCCUCUUUGGGCGCCACGGUGGCAGCCUGAGGAUUCCGUGGCCGGCUUCGUUAGUGGCAAAUUCAAAGCCUCAAAGGACACCAAGACUAUAACGAAGCUAUCGAGCAAUGCAAAAGUCCUUGAGUUGAGGGGCCUGGAGGUUGGUGUGGUACUAGAUGUGCACCCAAAUCAACGACCAGAAUCAAAUCAAGUGAGGGAAUUAAAUCAACGACCGGUAUCUAGUCGGGUACAGGAAUCAAAUCGAGUACCGGAAUUGCACUACAGCGUUGUGGCCGCCUUGAAAAUGGUCAGGAAUCACAAUGUUCCUUUUGAACAAACAUACAAGAUGGAUGCAAUUAAGGUUAUUCUCCUAACCAUGAUGGCGGGCCGAAAGAGAGACGUUCUUUGGCUACCCACGCUGGAGCGUCUAGAGGAUGAAUCCCACCUUGACGACUUCAUAACCUUUUCUGCUGCCACCAUGCUGCAGAUCAUGCUGUCAAUAGGCUAUGAUGCAGAGCUUUUUGACCUUAUCCAGAUUGCAUUAGAAGCUAGGGGACCCGUACCUGAAGAUGAGCCACAGAUAGAACCUACCUCUGAGGAGCAAUUGGGAUUAGAACAGAUCAGAAGGCGAUAUCCAAACAACCCAGAGUACUUAUCUACUGCCCAGGAUCUUCUCAUGCUUUGCAAACCUGCGCAAAAGGUGCGGGAUUGUUUGAGCUUCGUCCAAUCGAUCUCAAUCUCUCGGGAUCAAAACUUCUUCAUUACGGAUAAGGGUUAUGUUGGUAUUGGUCCUCGCUGCAUGAAGGCAGGGGACAAAGUAUGCGUUCUCUUCGGUGGUUCGACUCCAUAUGCCAUCCGGCAAAAGUCUGCAACAGAUGAGUACUUCUACCUUGGGUCAGUCUAUAUUCAUGGAAUUAUGGAUGGGGAAAUCAUUGAUGCUUGGGAGAAGGAUAAAGACUCCGACAAUCAGAAAUUUCAGGAAAGGUUAUUUAAGCUCCUAUAA